UUCGAACUGGUUCCGAAACUGGUUCUACUGUGGCGCGCGUGUUUUUACGUUUAUUUUGUUUAUUUUUCAAUUUUAAACUCGAUCUGCGAUGGCCACAAAUGCAACAAUUGAACUGGCGCUGGACCGCGUGAACUGGUGUGCCCUGGCCGAGCGGCAGGACGUCUUGCCACGCGUCUACACACCAGGAGAGGUGGUUAUGCCGGAGGCAGGCUUUAUGCGUGGCCACGGCACGUUUGUGGAGGAUGAGAACAUAAAGGCCUCGGUGGCCGGCGUGAUUGAGAAGGUGAACAAACUGAUCUCCGUGCGUCCGCUCAAGAGUCGCUAUGUGGGCGAGAUCGGAGACGUUGUGGUGGCGCGCGUGAUCGAGGUGCAACAGAAGCGCUGGCGCGUGGAUACAAAUUCUCGCCUGGACUCCAUACUGUUGCUGUCGUCGGUGAAUCUGCCGGGCGGAGAGCUGAGACGACGCUCCGCAGAGGAUGAGCAGAUGAUGCGACGCUACCUGGACGAGGGCGAUCUCAUCUCCGCUGAAGUUCAAAACAUCUUCGAGGAGGGCACCCUUUCGCUGUACACUCGCAGUUUGAAGUACGGCAAACUGUCCCAGGGCGUGCUCGUCAAGGUCUUUCCCGCCCUGGUCAAGCGCCGCAAGAUGCACUUCCACAAUCUGCCCUGUGGGGCGUCUGUGAUCCUGGGCAACAACGGCUACAUCUGGAUAUCGCCCCCCAAAAGUCAGGAGCAGGAGGGCGGCGAGGGUGGCUUUGCCCAGAAUCUGGGUGAAGCAGUGCCGCGAAACGAGCGCGAGGUGAUUGCCCGCCUGCGCAACUGCAUCCUGGCCCUGGCCAAGUGCAAACUGAUGCUAUACGACACCAGCAUACAGUAUGCCUACGACGAGUCGCUCAAGUACGAGCCCCACGAACUGCUGCAACAGAACGUCAUAUACGAUAUAGGUGAGCAGACGCAGGCUCGUCUGCGGAAUGGGGAUGAAUAGCCCCGAAUAAACAAACAAAACACAAAA